GGAAAUUUUAUUUACAUUUACAUUUUUAUAUAAAUCGGACCUAUUAAAUUUAUACAGUGGAUUUCGGACAAGCAAAACAACUUCUUAAAUUGCUGACCGCGCAACCAGCGCCCGCCCACCUGCAACAAAAACAUUCGGGCAAUGCAUGCGUCUGCUACGUUGUUGUUUCAUUGCGCCGCAAUUGUUUAAUUUGUAGCCUUUUUGUUUGCGUUAAUAUAAAUUUAAGAUCGAAAGUGACGCAGAAUCCAAACGUCAAGUGCAAGUGAAGGCUUUCGCCUCGCGCUUAUAACACCAACGACAUAGAGAAUAAUCGCUGCAACAACAACGAAUCAGCUGUCAAACCGCUUCAAGAUGGCCAUACCCCCACCACCAGGACCACCGCCACCGCCGGGCCCGCCGCCACCACCGGCUAUGGGCGGACUAAAGCUGGGCGGCGGCGGCGGAGCAGGCGGUGCUGAUCCGCGCUCCGCGCUACUUAGCUCCAUUCAGAAGGGCACCAAGCUGCGCAAAACGGCCACAGUUGACAAGAGCGGUCCGGCGUUGUCCGGACGUGUUUGUGAUGGCGACGGCGGCGGCGGCAGCAGCGGCGGCUCUGCAGCGUCAGCCGCUUCGAAGCGCACGCUCAACAACAACACCAGCAGCAGCAACAACAACAACAUCAACAGCAAUGGGGCGCCCAAAUUGGGUGGCCUUUUCGAAGGCCUGUCGCAGAUGCCAAAGCUGAAGCCAGUCAAUGGCGUUCGUGCAGCACCAACAGCGGCAGCGCCGUCAGCGGCAACAGCAGCGACGCGCAGCAACAGCCCCCCCAGCGCCGCCGGCAACAAUGGACCCAUGGACUUUAACGCAGAGCUCACCAAGCAUUUAACAUUGAAGCGUCAGAAGCAACAGCAACAACAACAACCGCAACAACCGCAACAACCGCAACCACAGGCAACAAGCAACAGCACACAUAUCAAUGCAACCGAAGCCAAUCUGAGAACAAAUCGCGGACCACCACCGCAGCCGCCAAAGAACUCCAGCGAUUCCAUAUUGGACCGCAUGAACAUACCUCGUACGGCGCCGCCCACGUCCACGUCCACGUCAACGACUGCGAAUGGCCAUGGCAAUGCCAAGCCGAAAGCCUCAUCGCCCACGCUCUCGGAGAGCGGCAGCAGCGGGAGCGUGAAAAGCAAAGCGGCUAAUCUUAGUAUCUCGUUAGGCAAUAGUUUUGUAAAUAGUUCAAUUACAAAAACAACAACAACAACAAGCGCAACAACAGCAGCAACAAACUCCAGUCGAACAGCAACAACAGCAACAACAACAUCAACGGGAACUCUGCGCAAUUUGGCGCCCAAUAAAUCAACGCUGUUUGGCGGUGCUGGUGGUGGUGGGUCUGGUGGUGCUGGUUGUGGUCCUGCUGCAGCAGCAAUUGGUGGUGGUAAUGUCUCGCCCACGCCCACGCCCACACCGCCCGCAGCACAGCAACAGAAGCCGGCCAUUGGGUUUGGCAAGCCAAACUUUGCGCCAAAGCCGCCGGGCCUGCAGCAACUGGCGCUCGCCAACGGGCAUCAGCGGCCGGCGGUGGCGCGGCAUCACAGCAUGAAGUCACCCAGAUCUCCACCAGCUGCUGGCGGCGUCAACGGACCCGUUUUCGCCACCGCCCAACAACAUUUUGGCACAAUGCGCGCUCCGCUCCAGCAACAGAUGCUACUGCAGUCCGGUGAGUGCAUCAGCGGCAGCACCAACAGCAUCACGGGCAGCAUUCGAGCUGCACCCAAUCCGCCAAAGACACGCCCCUCGGUCAAGCCGCCGCCGCCGCCAACGCCAUCGCGCAGCAUCUCGAACAGCAAUUUGAGCAGCAUUGCGGCGCCCUUCAGUGCCGUUAACACGGCGCUGGUGCAGAGCGCGGGGAUCAGCACGUCAGCGCCAUCGCCGCCGCCGCCGCAGCCGCCUUCCAGCUCGAGCAGCAGCAGCAGCGUCGCCGCGCUGCGGGAUCAGUUUCGCGUCGGCGGCAGCGCGACGCCGCCGACACCGCCAAGCGGCAUUACCGCCAGCCCGAAGUCGGCGACAAUGCGCGAGAAGGUCAAUCCCAUCAUUCUGAACGGUGGGCCCAUUAAUCCGCCAGCGCUGCCGCCCCACCGCAGCUGCCCGCCGCCUCCGCCCCCGCAGCGACAGUCAAGCCACACUGGAUCCCAACAGCAGCAACAGCAGGCUCCAGUGCCGCCGCAGCGUCACUCCUCCAUUCGGGCGAAUGCCCCGCUGACGCCGCCUACGCACAUGGCCAAUGCGACGCACAAUUUUGGCAGCAGCGGUGGCCUGUCAACGGGAGCUGGAGCGGGAACGGGCGCAUCUGUUGGUCGGCUGGUCAUCGAUUUGGAGGCAAAGUUUGGCAAAAGAUUUCAUAAUGUCACCGAGUUUCCGAAGCCGCCUCCGUUUCUAAAUAUACAAAAAAUCUAUCCUAGUCGCACGCUUAAGGCAACCAAUGAAACAACUUUGAUGCCAAAUAACAACAACAACAGCAACAACAACAACAGCGCAGCUGCAUGCAACAACAAUGCAAAGGCGCCAACGGUGCUGAAACCCGCCUAUGCGCCGCUUAAGAAACACCGCGCCCCCGCACCACCCCCACAGGCAGGCGUGGCUGCCGCUACAGUGUCUGUGAUAAGGCAAUCCAGCUUUCUAUAUGGCGGCAGCAGCGCAGCAAGCGGCGGCGGCAGCGGCGGCGCCGCAGCUGCUGUCAAUGUGCGUCCAAAAUCGCAGCCGGCGCCAAGUGUGCCACGCAAUUCGACGGUCUAUUAAUCUGGGAGCCUACUGUAAUCAUAACUGUAAAUGAUAUCCAUGUUUAUGCUUUGUAUAUAUGUGUGCAUGUGUGCGUAUGGGUGUGUGUCUCAUUAACGUUGUGUUGUGCCGAGUCCGACUGCGUGCGUGCCUGCGUGUGUGUGUGUGUGUGUGUAUGGGUAAAGUUGUAUAAAGUCUAUGAAAUAUAGCCCGAAAAAAUGAGAACUGUGUAUUUAAAAUAAAUACAAAUAGAUGUAGCAAAUGUGACGAAACAAUUGGAGGGAAAAUUCUGCUGAAGGAAAACUGAGUUAAUUGUGUUAAAGCUGGUUGAGCUUAGCUGCAAAUUAUAUUUAGUUUAGUGUCUUCCCAGGCUAAUACAAUAAUGCGUACACGUACAUACAUAUACAUAUAUAAAUUCUGUACAUAACAAUUAGCGGCAUUUGAAUCUAGACCAAAGUUAGUCAAAUUAUCGAAGAGACAACACCAACACGGAAUACCCUUUUAUAAAUAUUUAGGCGCGUUUCUGUCGCUGUCCCUAUCUAACUAGACUGAAACUGUUAAAUUCAAAUUCAAAUUU